CACUCGUCGCCAUUCGUCGCUGGUUGAACGCGAGGUAAAUAAUGGAGGAGUCGUGGGUUGUUAUUACGUGUAGACGAUAAUAUGGUUAUUUGUAUCCUGGCACGUAAACGCACAAGGUAUCGGCGCUGCUCGUGGAGAUGCGCCAGUUGAGACGCGCUUCCGCCACGUCGCAAAUGUAAAGGCGACGCCCGCGGCGCGAGGACGCGCGAGGACCUCCCCCGGAGAGAGAGUGAGCGAGUGAGUGAGCGAGAGAGAGAAAGAUAUAGAGGGAAAGAGAGAGAAAGAGCGAGAGUGAGUCUCGCGGUUGUGUGUCGUAAUUCGGAGUAAACAGCAACAUACCCACCAUCGCGCGAGACGUUCCCUGACCCAUUGCGACACCCCGUUUCUCGCCUCGCCUCGCCGCAAAACGGGACAGGAUGUGCCGCGGGUUCAUCGUCGGGCGACAUGAACGGUUCAGGAGAUAUUUUUGAUAACGUUUCCCCAUGUGACGUGAGGAGGAGUUCUUGACGUACGUUGGUGCAUCCUCGCCCUCCCCUCCUCUCCAACCGUACACGCGUGUUUACUUGUGCCUGACGGAGUGAGCGAGAGGGGGACAGAGAGAGAUUCUCGGGGGGGAUCUCUCUGCUUUUCUUUUCCUUUCCCAUUUUUUUGUUAUUCAUCAUCAUCAUCAUCAUCAUGGUGCACGGCAACAUACCGAGCGCAUACAAAUAUAACUUUUGGGCGGAGAGGCCCGGCGACGCGCACGAGCCCGCAGUGGUGGAACUCACGUGCCUGAUGCCAAACGGUGUUGUCAUACCGUUUGAGAUCAACCGCAAUAUUACCUUAGAUCAGAUCAAGGAGGAUCUGUGGGAUGAGGCUAGCAAAUAUCCUCUUCAUGGGACGCUGAAAGACGCGCCGUCGUAUCUAUUUUCAUGUAUUAACUCGAACGCAGAGAUAGAGGUGUUGCGGGAUGAAACGAGACGUCUCUGUGAUAUAAAGCCCUUUUGUUCGGUAUUAAGAGUUAUAGAACGCUCGGGUAUAAAAAGUGAUAGGAACUUAGACUCGCAAAUCGGCGUCCUGAUCGGCAAGGGGCUGCACGAGUUCGCCGCGCUGAAGAACUCCGAGGUGAAUGACUUCAGAUGGAAGAUGCGACUCCUGGGCGACGACGUGGCGUUGAGCAGACAGAAGAGAUGCUGGAUGGAGAAGGUGCGGUAUCAGUUCCCCUCGCGGAUAGCGCCGACGCCUGCCGUACCUAAAAACAUUGAGAGCCGUUUGAAGGACGGAAAUAUCGUUCUAGUUACUAAAUUCGAAAAGUCAGAGGUCGCGUUUACCUUUCAAAUAGCACACACCACUACGCCCCCCGAGCUGCUCGAGGUGAUCCUCAACAAAAGGGCGAAUACUCUUAAGACUCGUGGCGAACAACCGAACGACUUUACGCUUAAGGUUUGCGGACAGGAGGAGUAUCUGAUCGGCGAUAAUAUCCCGCUCAUACAGUUCGGCUAUAUUCAAGAUUGCCUGGCGAAAGACAUCAUGCCUACGCUGGUCACGCUCAGCAAGCAGAGUGUACCUGUGGACCAAGAUAGCGCCUUCGACAAUCCGGACGUGGAUACGUUGCAACGUACGAAACCGUCGUCCUCCACGUUAACGUUACGUAAAAAGGGCAAGCACAUCUCGGCGUGGAAGAUCGAAGAAUCUUUCGUCUUCACCGUGAACGGAAUUUCUCGACUCAACUGCGAUGCCGUACAUCGUACUGUAGAGAUUGGACUGCAAGCUGGCCUUUUUCACGGUGGAAAAUCCCUCUGCGAAAGUAAAAAAACCAAAGAAAUUAUUGUAAGUUCCGACGGUAGCUGCGAAUGGGAAGAGACUCUGAAAUUCGACAUUAAAGUCAGGGAUAUACCGCGGAUGGCGCGGCUGUGCUUUGUAUUAUACGAGAUCAGUAAAACCGCGAAGGGUCUGAAGAGCAGGAGACUGAUUAGAGAUUCGAAGCAGGAGUUCUUCAUAAAUCCUCUAUGCUGGGCGAAUACGACGAUAUACGAUUUUAAGUCUCAGUUAAAAACGGGUGCUAUGACGUUGUACACGUGGACGUACGCGGAGGAUAUACAAAAUGAUGAUUUGCUUCAUCCCCUCGGGACAGUGGUCUCCAAUCCACACAUAGACAGGGCGGCCGCUCUCAUGUUAACAUUUCCAAACUACGGAAAGGAUCAAUGUGUCUUAUAUCCCACGCCGGAGAAAAUGGUAGAAUAUGCCCAAACAUUGCGAGAACAAUCUAACGAGCGCUUGGCUAAGGACGAAUUAAAUCAGGAGUCCGAUGUGAGUCAACAGUUGGAACAGUUGAGAUUGCUAGCUGACCGGGAUCCGCUGCACGAAUUGCACGAACAAGAGAAGAAGACGAUGUGGGCGCUGAGGCAUCACAGCCUUCGCGAAAUCCCGACGCUUCUGGCGAAACUGUUACAGUGCGUCGAAUGGAACGAUCACAGAGAAGUUGCGGAGGCUACAGCGCUUAUACAACAAUGGCCGAAACUGCCAGUAGAGAAAGCGUUGGAGUUGUUAGACUACGCUUACGCUGACCAAAACGUCAGAAAUUUCGCCGUACGCUGCUUAAGAGACGUUACCGACGACGAUCUCAGUCUCUACCUGUUGCAGCUGGCCCAAGCCCUGAAACACGAAAAUUACUUGGCCUGUCCUUUGACAGAGUUUCUCUUAAAGCGGGCGCUUAACAAUCGGAGGAUAGGUCACUUUUUAUUUUGGCAUCUCAGGUCAGAAAUGCAGGUUGGCGCAGUGUCCGUUCGUUUCGGCCUCAUACUGGAAGCAUAUUGCAGAGGAAGUCAACAGCAUAUGCUAUCGUUAUUUAAGCAGAUGAAGUGUUUGGAGAAAUUACGGAGCGUCUCGCAGCAGGUGAAGCAGAAGAAGGAUCGUAAGCUGGCCCUUCAGGGCUUUCAGGACAUCAUCCAGGAGCAGCACUAUCAGGAGGCGAUAUCCGACGUUCUUAAUCCCCUCGAUCCGAGCUUCCGAUGGAAUCGCAUUAAAAUCGAGAAAUGCCGAGUAAUGGACAGCAAGAUGCGUCCGCUCUGGUUAGUCUUCGAGAACAGUGAUCCUUUUGGCGAGGACGUUUACUUAAUCCUCAAACACGGCGACGAUUUGAGGCAGGACAUGUUGACGCUCCAGAUGCUACGUAUUAUGGACAAGCUCUGGAAGAAGGAGGGCCUGGAUUUACGUAUGAAUCCAUACGGUUGCAUAUCUACGGAGAACAGAGUCGGGAUGAUAGAGGUGGUGCUGAACGCGGAAACAAUCGCGAACAUUCAGAAGGAAAAGGGCACAUUCUCUGCAACGGCGGCCUUCAGGAGAGGUUCCUUAUUAGCUUGGCUAAAGGAUCACAAUCACACGGAAGCGGCGUUAAACAAGGCAAUCGAGGAAUUUACCUUGAGCUGCGCGGGUUACUGCGUGGCGACGUACGUUCUUGGGAUAGCCGACAGACAUUCUGACAAUAUAAUGGUUAAGAAGACCGGGCAACUGUUUCACGUCGACUUCGGUCACAUUCUGGGCCACUUCAAGGAGAAAUUCGGAUUCAGACGCGAACGAGUACCCUUCGUGCUGACCAACGACUUCGUGCACGUUAUAAACAAGGGUCAAACGAAGAAGGGGCACGCCGCCGAGUUUCAGAGAUUUCAGAAUCACUGCGAGCAGGCCUUUUUAGUUCUGCGCCAGCACGGAGGACUUAUACUGUCUCUGUUCGCGAUGAUGAUAUCUACCGGGCUGCCUGAACUCUCGUCGGAGAAAGAUCUGAAUUAUCUUAGAGAUACCCUGGUCCUAGAAAUGUCCGAAAGCGAGGCGCAAAAGCAUUUUAGAAGCAAAUUCGACGAGGCCCUCUGCAACUCGUGGAAAACGUCGUUGAACUGGGCGUCGCAUAAUAUGUCCAAGAACAAUAAGACUACAUGAAUAGCAACAACGUCGCCGACAGCGUGAGUGAUCCUACGCAUCGAAGACUACUGUCAUGACGUCGUCGUGAACGUUACGUCGCGCUACAAGACGUAACGUUAAGACGUCGUGACACAUUUGACGAGCACGUCGCGUCUGGGCUGCUGCUUGUCCGAGGCUGGAGCGAAAGAAAAUAAAUAAAUUUAAGGCUGUCGUUUUCGACGACGGCGUUGUCGUCAGGAUUGGAAAUCGACGACCGUAACCAGUAUUUGAGACUGUAUAUAAAAGUGAUAUAUCGUUGCUGCUAGUAUCAGUGGACUCGGUACUAUCGAGAGGUGAUUUAGUAAAAGUUUUUUUUUUCCCGAGACUCAUUGUCAGAUACACAUUCGUAUAGUUUUAGAGCUACUUUGUGCUGCACAAGUCGGUGCCUACGUUCAAACACGAUAGUACUUUUCUUAAUCACGGACGUACGGUACAUAUCAAAUUGAACGAGAGAAUUCUUUUAAAUUUCUUCUCGAUUAAAACUUAAUUUAAGUUUUGAAAUUUUGGAGCUCUAUAUCGAUUGAUUCUAAAUCUUAAAUUGUUAAAAAAAAAUCAUCGAUCAUUACAAGACUAUUUUCAUUUUGUUAGACAGUUAAAUUUUAUUAAGUUGAAUAUCGUUCUAAAAAUCGUUUAUUGCGGUACGCCAAAAGCCUGUGAUGGUACACACGCGAAUGUCACUUGCAACAAUAAACCGCUAAAUAUCUCAUUGCCGUCUCGUUAACAUAAAGGAAUCGAUCUUUACAUACAUGUAAUAAAAUAAACAUUUGCUGUAUUUCAUUUACAAACGCAAUACGAAAUGACAUGCGCCGCAA